GCAACAUUUUGAUACUAGUCAGUAGUAACAUUUCAGACUGUGACAAACCGCAGGCGGCAUUUUGCACUGUAAUUGCAGCCAUGACCUCUUUUCGCAAUCACCGUUCGAGAUGACCAGUCCUUCUGACCGAAUGCGACCCAGACAUCGGACCCAGCCAUGCUCAACCUCUACACCGAGACCGCCUUUGAGGUGACGCCUGCCACACGAGCUGCCGUUGCCCAUCUUCAAGUCCCGAGGAAGAACGGCACUUACGACCGAUCAAAAUUCUCCUCGAGCCGCCAGAUCAACGCGAGAUCCUUUAGUAAAGACGAGCGGACCUUCUCCAAUAAGGUGCUGGCUUCUCAGAGCUCAAUCUACUUUCGCCAGUCCAAGUCUUACCCAAGAACAUUUCAUUGGAGUGUGGUAAACAAUGGAAGGACCUUGCAGAUACAAUGCGCCGAUUUUUCUCGAAGCGAAGCCGACUUGAAAGAAGCAUACUCUACCUUGCGGUUCGAUUUUCAAGAGCAGAUCAUACCCAGGGGAGUUACGUUUGCCGACCUCGACACAAGCGACGAAAUCCAUGUCUUUGUAUGUACGGACAAGAACGAGAUAUUCAAUCUGCGACUACCCACCUCCGCCUUCCGAGAUGCGCAGUCUCUACAAGCUGAGGAUAUCAAGCACUGGUGCAAACCUCUUGACAGCUCAUCGCUGGACAUCAACGCUGUUCAUCAUCUUUGGGCCAACACUCCUUUGGAGCUAUUCAUAUCAUUCACAAAUGGGAAGCUGCAGCGAUCAACAAGGCGUUCAAUAGAUGGAAGUUGGAAGCACGAUAUCUACGAUGAUAAAACAUGGGGUGCAUCAAUACGAGGCAUCGUCAGCCGCCGCGGUCUGCAGACGAUUGAUUAUGGUUCGACCUCGCUCGACUUAAGAACUGCUCAAUCCAUGGUAACUUCACCGGAUGGCAAGUUCCUAUUCACCGUUUGCUUGAACCAUAGCUUGCGGGUCUGGAAUCUGUUGGAUGGAAGGGUUGUCGCCUCAAAAGACUUGCUCGACACGGUCCGAGACCCCAAUGACCGGACACAUCUCAAUCCUGCGGAAGAUGCCUUCAUUCAGAUUUUCAAGCUACCACUCCAAAGAUUUCCUGUCUUGUUGACAUACACGCCUCAAGAUGGUGGACAGUUCAAGUUCUGGGAUUUGAAGGGUGGCUCGACUGACCCACUGGUUGUUGAAGACAAAUACCCAGGCCAGCGACUGAAUGCUCCAGACCCAGAUCCGUCAGGAAAUACCAUUUGGUCGAUGGUAGGCUUCAAACUUGAUCCUAGCAACGACUUCAAACCAGCUCAACUGUGGGUUCUCUGGCGGAAUCACAAUUACCAUCAGCUGUACCACUGCAGUUUCGAAUUUGCGAGUAUCAUAAGCUCUUGGAAGUCAAAUUGGGUCAAAUGUGCUCCGACAUCGUCGUCCAAGAACAUUGCCCCUGACUUGGUGAGAAGCGGGUCGGAUGACCCUUCAUCCAAAUGGCUCGAAUUCUUCUUCUACCCAGGACGCUACUCCGAAGCAGGCCUCGAGACCGCGCUGUCCGUGUUUGAGGAGGCAACAGCUGGCAAAUCGACUGCUGCCCAGAAAGCCAGUUCCCUUAGACAGCGCAUGUGUGCCAUUAUUGCCGCCAAUGUCUCUUUACGCAAAUAUGAGGACUCUGAUCUCGAUUUCGAACGUUUCCAUGUCGACACCGACGCUCAAUGGCGGAAUUUCUAUCGCAUAGCCGAGAACAUCAACGAAAGCCGGAACGCUCCAUUGGCCUUGGCUUACGACGCUUUCAGCGAAAUGGUGUGGGUUACAAUGACUGGAAAGUGUUGUGCUGUACGAGAAUGUAGCAAAAUCGAGCUGCUCCAACAAAACGAACUUGGCGAUAUUGAAGACCUUGAAGAUGUUGCUGCGCGGACAUGGCAGCAUCGUAAAGUCAGUGCUGAGGACGGGGAGUCAUUCGCCAACCUCGCAGUACUGAUUUCUGCAGCACGGAAUUUCAGAGAGUCUCUCAGUGCCGAUUUUGCGAAUGAUCUAGAGGUCGCUAUCGAGGAGGACAUGUCCAUUGGCGCCGAAUAUGUAACGCCCACCAGGAUAUUUGAGAUCUAUGAAAGCAUUGGAUUCACCGAGUCAGUUUCUAACGAGGUGUUCGAACGUCUUGAGUCGGAGCUUAUUCCCGUUGGUGGUCUCUCCUCUCUAAAUGACGAGCUUUUUCUGGGUGUGCUGGAAUUGCUGGCGGGCAAAACAAAGAGAGCAAAGAGCGCUCUGCGGGAUACGUUGUUUGCAAGCCUCCUGAUAUCGGCUGGAACGCGCGACCUCCUAACGGCACAGCGCCAAUUGCUCAUGGACUUACUUGCGCUGGCAAUCUUUGUCGAAGGUGAGCUGAAUCAAGAGGAGGUCAAGAUGACAUCCUUCAAUGCCUCAGAGCUGUACUAUCACAUUGGACCUCUGCUCAGACUGUGUGAUCGUAAUCUAUGGCUGGCAUCACAUUGGCGCCUCACACCUCUCGAAAUCCUGGGUGCUGAUGGACAACCGAAUGCAGCUCGACGGCCGUCCACGUCAUCCCCGGAAAGCGACAGAUUUGUCACGAUUUUCGAGGAUACCCUGAGCAAAGCAGUCAGACCCCAACCGGCUAUUGACAGGCCAUUAUUGUAUUUGAUCACAGAGCAGCUAACCGAAAUUGAUGAUUGGGCGUCUGGAAAAGAUACGAUCGACACCGAGGAUGGCGGGGUCUAUCUGCAAUGCGAUCUGCUCAAGCAGGAUGAGCUUCACCUCGCAACCGAUUUCCUCAAAUUUCAACCUUCCACACCAUGGUCAAGUUAUGUCAAGGGCCGCCUUGCUCUUGCGACAGGAGAGCAUGAGAUGGCGGUGGUUUACUUCAAAAAAGCUUCAUACGGCCUUGCAUGCGGUAAAGCGGUCGGCAACCUCGUCGCUCUCUCAGCUGGACUUCUCUCGAUGAUUGAAGCCGAGUCCUUCAACAAUGGCAUGCCAUCCUAUCUGCAUCAUGUCUCCACCCUUUUCGAAUCAGCCAGUGCCUACAACGGGGCCGCGCAGUUCGCACAUUUGACCCUCCAAGCGUUGCAAUCCGACCAGAAAGACCCUGCGCCCAAUUUCCGGAGCGAAGUCUUGUCUCGGCUGUUCAAUGCGGAAUUGAGACUGGCCAGGUUUGAUUGUGCGUAUGAUGCGUUGGUAGAGCUUCCCGACGUAGCUCUACAAAGAUCCUCGGUCACCUCUUUGAUCAGCACGAUACUGAAUCAGCAGUCAUCUACACUGGAUGCUCAAGGCGCAGUCAAGACACUGCAAUCUUUACCAUGGGGAAUGCAUCCACACCUUUUCCGGCUCAUGGAUCACCACCUCAUGUCAUUAGCACAGAAGCAGACUUCCGCUGGAGUUCCGUCCUCCGGCUGGUUGACGAGCGAUGACAACCUUGACUAUUUAGGCAUCAUCUAUGCGUUACGGGUGGCUCAAAAGAACUACCGUGGUGCGCUAACGUUGUUGUAUGAUCGCCUCAGACUUGUGCGCCGAUCAGGAAGAGCUCGACAUGACCCUCAGGCAACGUCUCUGCGCCAUGUCCUUCUGUCUCUCAUCAACAUGAUGGCUUGUGUCGCCCCAGAAGAGGCCUACGUUCUGGUCGACGCAGAAGUGGACGACAAGGCACGGCCAGGACAGAAAGCAGACGAAAGUCAGAUGAAUGGAGAUGUCAAACCACAGAAGAGACGACGUAUCAUCAUCACGUUGGAGGAUCUACGCAAGGAGUAUCAACAAAUUCUCGAUAGAUGCAGCAGAAUCGAACGUGGAGAUUUCGAUUUUGAGGUUGAUGGAGAGACUGAUGAUGACGACGAGGUAUUAGCGGACCGGUCGCGCUUGAAUAUGUCGCUGCAUAAUGGCAAUGCCAUGGACUUCUAGCAGGCUGAUAGUUGGUGGUGAAGAACUCACUGGACAGCAAUGAUGAGUGACAAGUCAUGUAAUCCUGCGUUCGUGCAUGAGAGAGUACUGGAUACAGCGCUGGAAUUCUCAGACCCAUCGAAAAAUAGCAUACUGCUGGGAAUGGAUUGUUGAGUACAGAAACUAUGAGCAAGACGUUUCAAAAUCGCUUUCCAUCACUCCAUCUGAAUUUUAUGUCCUUGAAUUA